UCACCUCUUCCUCUCCCCACAUCUCUUCCCACAUCCCUUCCUCUUCCUCCAUUCCAAAAGAAGAAGCCACCACUGAGGUUUUUGCCAGGACCAGUUUGCGACUUGAUCUAGACAUUCUUGAUCGCAGCUACUUUGACCCAUCACUUCGAGCAGCAGUGCGCCAAGGACCAUGCUGGUCAGUCCGAAGGAGCAAGCGAUGAGAGCUUCGUCAGUAUUGAGCAGCUGCAAGAGAUGCUAGAGUCCUAUCGGAAUGUCAUCAGGGACAAAUCCAGCCAGGCAACAGAUCUCGAGCACGAGAACAAGAAGUUGAAAGAGCAGUUGAGCUUGGUCAGCGGAGACUCGCGAUGGAAACUAUCCAGCUUUCUCGGCAGGUUUAGUAAUGAGAAAGCUCUUUGCACUCAUGACACUGACAAAUACGACACCUACAUCAGCGAGCUUGAGGCCAGGCUUGAGAAUGCCGAGCACAAGUGCGUCGAGCUAGAAGUAAUCACCAAUCAUCAGGCCGCCGAGCUCAGGAAUGCCGAGCAAAGGUUCAUCGAGCAGGAAGCUAUCAUCAAGCAUCAGGACGCCAAGUUUGCCAGAGACCUUGAGGAGCAGAAGUUGAAAGACCCCCUUGGCUACACGAACGAGAUCGAAUCCAAAUGGAAGCAGCUGCGAUUUCUGUUUCGACAGUUUGAGGAGAGCCACUUCCCCCAGUCCAUCGAUUGGGAGACUGCCAAUUCGCUAGCCUUCCUGAAGCCAAUUCCUACAGCUACCCAAUACCAGGCAAUGUCGCCGCGUUUCUAUCCGCUCAUUCGGGAAGCGUAUGUAUUGAACUAUCUUCACCACUACAUCUUUCGCAUCCAGGUCACUUACGGGAAUGGGUCACUUGGUUCGUCUCUUUCCGUCGUAUUUCACAAGAUAGCGACCACCAUUGACGGCAAGGAACAGGACGCCCAUUGCCAGAAACCCACCCGGGAGAGUUUUCAUGAAUGGCGGUCCCAAACUGUGGGAUUUGCCAACAUGGUCCCAGGCUGGAACUAUCUCCCUGUUCUUGUGUCUCAUUUCUAUUCGAGGAAACUCAGAGAUGUGUUGGUACAGGACACCAAAGAGGAUGCGGUGAAUGCCGCUGACACCGAGAUCAUCACGCUUGCAGCAGAACUAGACACGAUUUUUUGCACAUCAAAGGCAGACAUUACGAUCGUCAUCAGUGAUGCCUGGCCUGAUUAUCUUCUUGACGAAAAUUACAGGUUCGGGUUUCCCUUCAAUCCAGAUAUGAUGGAGCCCACGCGCCGUCUCCGUCCUCCGCCUCAUCGUUCGAAGAGGAACGAGUCGAUGAAUGUCGACCUUGUUAUUGCCCCCGGGAUCGUCAAAUGCGGGACGGCGGACGGGAAGCAUUACGACAAAAAGAUGUUUCUCGUUAAGCUUGAGGUGGUAUGCGAUAAGCAGACCACGCAGGAUGGGAUUUCUAUUCCGAAGAAGGUGAAGACAUCGGGUUAGGGGGCCAACCCGUGUGGAAGAGAGAUGACGGAGAUGCGGACAUGAUAAUCAUGCCAGCUGAAAAAUCCGUUUACCUUAUCAAGAAUGACAGGCGAGGAACUGCGAGAUAAACAUGUGAUGGGAUUUGAGAGUUUUGUCAUAAUGGUAGGCUGGGGAGUUAGCAAAAGUGUAAAGUGUAGGGUACCGCAAAUACAUAGUUUUGAACCGACUUUCACACAGCGCAGUAUUUAGUUGUUGAGAUAUCACGAUGCGUCCAGUGAUUCGACUGGUAGUUUAAAUAUCAACACG